GCUGAGGAAAAACAUGAUAACAUCGAAGGGUUCCUUACAAGAGAGAGGUGAUCGCCGUGACUUCCUCAGUGUGGGCCAGGCAGUGAUGAGGGGAGGUGUGCUGCUUCUGCUCCUCGUGCUUGGGCUUGCCCGGGCCACAGCGGCGCACGGGCGGGGUCACGCGUCAUCUGAACAGGAGAGCAAGAGGAGCCAAAGAGAAGCAAACCUGGCUAACACAACCAUGGACGGCGCUCCACUCCCGAGGAUGAGGCCUGGAGGGAAUCUGAUCUGCUACUCGUGCAAACUGGAUUUCCGCAAGAAGGACUACGAGAAAGAUCAUCCUUGUUUGGGUCACCAUGGGAACUCCAACGUUAGCGAAGAUUAUGCUGUUUCCUGUGGGCCUAAUGAUACCUUCUGCAGGGUGGAGAGGACGGAGGUGAACGGUGUUUUGACGGUACUGAGACGAGAAUGCACCGACACUUGUCACAUGAGCUGCAGACUGCGUGGCUUCGGAAUCAACAAUGAGGUGUGUGAAUUUUGCUGCAAGUAUGACAAAUGCAACCAUAUGUACCCCACGGACGCUGAAUUGCGGAAACUAGCAACAAAAUGUGACUAUUGUGGAUCAGUCAUGAGAGCACCACCCUCCCGGACAGUGAUAACAGCGAAAGCAUCCAAGACUGUGGUAGCAGCAUCUUCUGUGGUGUUGCUUGCAUUCAGGUCACUUCACAGGGGGUUCAGUUCCUUGUGUGUGGUGUUCGUAAGUCUCCUUUGGUCCUGUUUGUGUGUGAGUGUUUGUUUGUUGGUGUGGUAGUGUGUGUUUUUCUAUUUUUCUUUAUUUCUUUCUCCUCCUCCUCCUCCUCCUCCUCCUUCUUCUUCUUCUUCUUCUUCUUCUUCUUCUUCUAUGUGAGUGUUUUGUAAUGUUUCAUUUACUUUUAUGCUAGAUUUUUUUUUCUUUGUGGAGAAUGAUUCUCUCUCUCUCUCUCUCUCUCUCUCUCUCUCUCUCUCUCUCUCUCUCUCUCUCUCUCUCUCUCUCUCUCUCUCUCUCUCUCUCUCUCUCUUGCACAUUUUUCUUCAUUUAUUACAUCCUCCUCAUUUUUCCAAAGUUGGUGAGUCGUGUGUGUGUGAGUGCGUGUGUAUGUGUGUGUGUGUGUGUGUGUGUGUGUGUGUGUGUGUGUGUGUGUGUGUGUGUGUGUGUGUGUAUACGAACCAUAAUGUUUAUAUGUGACUAUUUGCUCCUAAAAUGUCAGAUGUAAUCAAAACAAACAAACAUAUUGGUAUAGAAGGUUGCUCGUGAAUAUAUUUUGAACUCCAAAGCCUACAUAUAAAAUAAAAGUCUGAAUUGUGUGUGGCGCGUUAUUUCAUACAGAUAUUUACUGCAUGCUUGUUAGUUUUAAUUGCUGUAUUUACUCUGGCGGUAUUUCAUUAUAGUUUUAUUUGGCAAGAGUUUGUUUUGUUGGAUUCAGUUUAGGAUGGAGCGGAUCUCUCUCUCUCUCUCUCUCUCUCUCUCUCUCUCUCUCUCUCUCUCUCUCUCUCUCUCUUUGCAAGAUUAUUCUGUGUUUAAGUAUGAAUAGUUUCAGUAGAAUAAAUAGAUUAGAUAUGCCUGGUAAAUAAUAAUGUAGUAGGUUAGCAAGGUCAAUUUAGAUCAAGAAGUUGCGUCACGUGAUCCUCCAAAUGGCGCAGCACGGGUGGCUGUACAUGGCGCGGCUGUAAACAAGAACCACGCGCUCGCAUUGUAUGUGGAGUGUGUGACAGACAUUUUCUCCUAUUUAUCUCUUCCUGGGGCGCCACGGCUACACGAGGACCAGUAGUAGACAUGGGAAGUCAUGGAGGUAUGCUCACCACCACCACCAGCACCACCACCGCCAAGGCAGGUCCCCGCAUGGCGCCACCAGCAAUCUGCAAAGGUUAAUGAGCAGAGCGUCCAUCAUAGAGAGAGUCCAGUGGGCGUGCAAGAGGGCGUGGAGGCGUGGGGCGGAGAGGCUGGUGAGCACUACGAGCCGCGUGCCCCUCACCAGCAGGCGCGAGGACAGGGAGGACUCGCAGAAGGCGCCGAGGAAGGGGAUGUCCUCGCCCGCCACCACCACCACCACCACCUGCCACGAUCUUCUCCUCAGCUUGACGGGGAGGGGCACAAAAGCACUACAGUCUAGACAAGGAGGGAGAAACGUGUGGAAGAAUGGUGUGGUUGGUAGCCCUGAGCGGCUGACCCUCCUGGGCCUGGCAGGGCACACGCCUCAGUUGGUCCACAGAGAUGACGAAGGGAGAAUGGUAUCGCUGCUCUCUCAUUUCACCCAUUCUCAGGUAUUGGAUUACAGUGUGGUGGUGUUGGUUCCUCUCCCCGGCAGAAAUGCUCAGAACCAUAGGACUUCAAGCCUCCGAGAUGAGAGGCUGUGUCAGACUGCAUGAACUUGUUGCUCCCAUAUGCUUGGCAAACACAAGAGCAGAGUGAACCUUUCUGGAAAGUGGAAACGCAUCCCCACUAUUGCCCUCCUCUCUCCACAACGCUUCUUGCCUCAGUUUGGUAGCCUUCUGCUGGCUUCUUACCUAUGGAUCUUGAGGAGGUGAUAGCACUCAAGAUCUGGGCUGAAAACAAGCUGCAAAAGUGAAGUCAAACCGAUUCCCUAGGCCACCAAGACAAAUUACCUGUAUAGGAUGAAUGAUUAUGGAAUAAUGGGCAUUUUUGUAGCCAUCUUUGAUAUUGUAAUUUUGUAAUCAAUUAGUUCACUAUCUUGUAAAUAUGCAAAUUUGAUUCUCAGAUCUCUCAAACAUAAUCUGGAUCCAUAUCAAGCAUAAAUAACAAAGGAGUAACAGACGUCUUUAAAAUUUAGUGGCAAACUUAAAUGCCAUCUUGAAAAUUACCUACACCUUCCUUGUGGUCAGUGGUAGACCUUUGGUAUGCUAUUAAGCACACCUGGUACUACAGUAAACAGUUAAGAAACUUUUGUAGUAAUUUUUUAGGUCAAACCAUAUUUGCAGCCAACCACAGUGGCAGCCAAGUGAGUAGUCACCAACUGCUUACUUGGGCAAAAUACAUACCACCCAAAUAUCAGGGUGGCAUCAGACUCUGACAGGCGAGUAGUACAUGUUGGCCGUGACAUCUGUCCUCUUCCCUCACAGCACAUGAUAGCAACCCUUGGCUUGACUUCAGGUGGCUGAGGGAGUGAUGCAUGGCAUCACUCAUGACUUACCCCACAUCAGGCCUUAUUUACUAUAUUUUUAUAAACAAGCUAAUGCUGAGUAUCUCAAAUCUUAACACUGCAUACAGCAAACUUUGGUAAAAGUUACAUGUGAUACUUAUGCCAUUUAUGCACAGUAUCACUUGAGAAAAUUCAUGUUAUCAAAGGCAAUCCUAGACUGACUGACAAGAUUCUAGUCUGUCUCAAGUGAUAUUUUCCUGGCUACUUGGCCACUAACUGCAUAAUUAGGCAAGUUACAGUAAUUUCUUCAUCCUGCACCUGAGCACAAAUGCCAGCACCAUCAGAAAUUUUACUUUUAGCAAAGGUUUGCUGUAUGCAGUGCUAUUCUCACUCAGCAUUAGGUUGUUUUUACCAUUUUGUAAGAAGAGUAAACAAAAUGCUAAGUCACAAGUUGCCACCAGAGCAGUGAUGCCAUGCACCACACCACUCCCACAGCCAUCUGAAGUCAAGCUGAGGGUUACCAUCAUGCACUGUGAGGGAUGAGGAUGGAUGUCACAUAAAACCAACAUGUACUACUUGCCUGUCAGAGUCUAAUACCACCAUGAAAUUUGGGUGGCUUGUACUAUGACAAAGUGACUUGGCCACCACUGUACAAUACUGCACACAUGACUUUAAAGACCAAAUUUAAGAGAAUUUAGUGUCAGUGGGUUUCACUUUUAUGUAAAGAAAUCUACCAGCCACACUGUACAAUACUGCACACAUGACUUUAAAGACCAAAUUAAAGAGAAUUUAAUGUAAAUGGGUUUCACUUUUAUGUAAAGAAAUCUAUCAACCAUUUAAGGUACUGGACUAAUACUGGUCACCCACCCCUUCCCUUUAUUGCAAGUGUACUUGCUCAUGCCCAAAUGCUUCUGUCAUCCCUCUGUGCAUAGGUGAUGGCCUGGACUGGUACAAGCAACAGAGGAGGGUGAAUCCACUCGUAGUGUGAAGAGAGGGUGACCCGUGGUGAUCUAAUAUUUUUUCAUGGUUGAUUUGUUUUUUAUAAACAUGCUUACAACAAUUAAAAAUUACCCAAAAUGCACCUAGAGAAAGUUUUGCAUAUUCAGGCAAUAUCCUGUAUAGACAUUUUCUCUUUACAGAGACAUGAUCACCUUACCUGACCUCGCCACUCUCAACAUAAAAUAGUUUGUAAUACAAAUGUGACAUGAAAAAAAAGUCAGAUUAAAUGUUUUAUGAAAUUCAAAUCUUCAUAUGCUAAAUACAAAUAUUAUGACUUUAUAUAAAUCCAGUUUUACAAUUUCUUCCAGUUUGUCUUUGUUCAGGUAUAAAAUUUUAGUAGAGUUUGUAAACAAGAGCUGGAAGUCAUAAACUUUAUUUUACAAAUACCUAAACAGACUUCAUUGUUUGUCUCUCUUCCAGACCACCUUGACAAAUCCUAUAAUUUUCUAUCCAGAGAGACCUGAAGUAUUAUGACUACCAAUAAAUAUGAGUAAAAAUUCAAGCUCUGAUACCAUCAUUAACUAACAUACAUAUAUACAUUUACAUAUUCAUGCCUCCUAGAACAAAACCAGAAAAAUGGAAUAAUAUACAUGUUUGCCACACCUGCAGGAAAAUGCCCCGCUGCCUCAACGCCUGCUCGUUAUGUACACAACAACAACAUCAGGGGGCCUCAGAGUAACAUGAUCCCCUGGUUCAUACUAAUUUCUACUUUUUUUUCUCCUUACAUACUUUAUCAUGAAUUUUGUGAAGUAAAAUUAACUUCAGUGAGUGUACAUCCCUGAUUCAAGACCUACAAUGCAUCUUCACAAGGCAGCUUCUUGCUCACUGCCUCUAGGGAUGUGAUGAAAUGGGAGCCAUCAACAGGGGAUUCAUUUUACCCACGACAGCAGUUGGAAGGAGAAAAAGAUGCCAAUUAAAGAAACAGUCAGGUGGACAGGGAGAGGGAAGUCCAUCACCAUGCAUCUACUUGCUGCACCUAACAUCAUACCCCAAAAUAAAAAAUAAAAACAUCCUGGAAGGUCAAGGAAGACAACACCACUCACUGACCACAUUCUCAAGCCAGCUGUAAACAAGAACCCUACCUAGGCUGACUGCAAAGAAUCUUGAGAAACCCUACCACAUGCUCCUUAAAGACGUCGCUAUUCACACCUAACACCGCCUCAAGCAUCACCUUGGCAUAAUGAGUCGCAGCAUAAGUGUCUUGCUUUUGCUGAAGAGCACAAGAAUUGGUCAGUGGCAGAAUUGCAGAAGUUCCUCUGGUCUGAUAAGACCAGUUUCCAAGUUGAGACAUCCCACAGACUGUAAGGCACCCCCAUCAGACGUAAUCACUACAGCCCCAGGUGCACCAUUAAAACUGAAGCACAGUGCUUCCAUAAUGAUCUCGGGUUGCUUCAGUGGGAAUGUGGGGAGGGAUGGACUCUACUUCUUGCCUAAGAAUGUGACCAUAAAUGGGGAUUGCUACAUCCAAGUUCUGAAGGAACACAUGAUCAACUCUUAUGCCAUUCAUGGCAUCACCAUGUCACGCCUCUAAAAAGAUUUCCUCAAUGAUGAGAAUAUCCCCAUCACAAAGUGGCCAGGCAACAGUCCGGAUUUAAAUAUAAAUGAGAAAGCGUAGAUAGUCCUGAAGGAGAUGAGGGAUGCACAGGUGUCAUUGGUAAUGCAGCUGCAGAAGUCAUCACACAUGUCUGAUGCCAUGAUAUGACUUUGGAUUACUUCAGGAGCCUGUGUGAGAGCAUGCCACAACGGAUCCAGACUGUGCCAAAGGCCGAGGGGAGAUGACAGGGUAAUAGG